GAGAGACGUGGGAAUGAGAUUGUCUUGAAAGCAAUGGGUCAGGCGAUAAGCAAGACAGUAGCUAUUGCAGAGAUUAUAAAGAGAAGAAUUCCUCGACUGCAUCAAGACACUGCCAUCAGUUCAGUAAGAAUAACUGAUACAUUUGAACCCAUCGAAGAGGGCCUUCAGACUGUCGAGCAGACUCGCCAUGUUUCCAUGAUUUCAAUCACCUUGUCAACUAAGGAGCUAAACAAGAAUUCUCCAGGGUACCAAGCUCCAGCUCGUAUGGGGCAAACUAAACAACAAUAUAAUUAUCAGCCACAGCCACAGCAACAGCAACAGCAACAGCAACAGCCACAGCCACAGCCACAGCCACAGCCACAGCCACAGCAACAGCAACAACAGCAAAAGCAAAGGCAACCUCUUCCUAGACAAGCACGUGCGCCGUACAACAGUGGUAAUGGAGAUGCAUAUGGACGUGGAAGAGGACGUGGCAGAGGGAGGGGACGAGGUUGGAACAGAGGUGGAUAUGCAAACUAUCAAGAAAAUGACGGAUAUGCAAACUAUCAAGGAAAUGGUGGAUAUGCAAAUUAUAAAG